CUGCAGGCUCUGCAGACCCCGGGCCCGCCCCACGCCCGCGUCCUGCGGCGACAUGUUGGGCCUCAUCCGGAACUCGCUGUUCGGGAGCGUGGAGACGUGGCCGUGGCAGGUCCUGAGCACGGGAAGCAAGGAGGAGCUGUCCUAUGAGGAGCGGGCCUGCGAAGGCGGGAAGUUCGCCACGGUGGAGGUGACGGAGAAGUCGGUGGACGAGGCACUCCGGGAGGCCAUGCCUAAGGUCAUGAAGUAUGUGGGCGGCUCCAAUGACCGGGGGAUCGGAAUGGGGAUGACGGUUCCCAUCUCUUUUGCUGUCUUCCCCACGGACGACGGCUCCCUGCAGAAGAGACUGAAAGUCUGGUUCCGGAUUCCCAACCAGUUCCAAAGUGACCCGCCGGCCCCGAGCGACGAGGCGGUGAGGAUCGAGGAGAGAGAGGGCAUCACUGUCUACUCCACGCAGUUCGGCGGCUACGCCAAGGAGGCGGACUACGUGGCGCACGCUGGCCAGCUGCGGGCGGCCCUGGAGGGCCGGGUCACGUGCCUGGGUGACGUGUACUUCUGUGCCGGCUAUGACCCGCCCAUGAAGCCCUACGGCCGCCGCAACGAGGUCUGGCUGCUGCGGGCCUGACCCCUGACCCCCGCCGUGGACCUCUGACACCCAACCUCCACCAUAGAUCUCUGUGACCCCUGACUUCCACCGUGGAUCCCUGACCCCUGACCCUUGUCCUUCAGAGCUGAUGCCUGUGUUUUUCUGGGCUGGAAAUGGCCAAGCAAGAAAAUCACGUGGCUGCUGGUGGCUCACGCCUGUCAUCCCAGCUGCUCAGGAGGCUGAGAUCUGAGGAUCGAGGUUCAAAGCCAG